AUGAUACUGAACAAAUUGAUGGAGCUGGGGGCUGGCAAGUCUCGAGGUCUCAAUGGGCUACAUCCUAGGGACUUAAAAGAGGUGGCUAAUGAGUUAUUGGCAGAAAUUAUUGCAGCAGAGAAAGAAAAGGAAAAUCAGAAAACAAAGAAAGGCAACGUGAAAGAGGGAGCGAAGGAAGAGAAGAAAAAAAAGAAGAGGAAACAGAAAGCAGAGGCUAAACCCGAGGGAUUUUCCUACUUCUUACCAAAUAUCAUUGAGGGCAACAAGAUCUAUACAACUGUGUGGAAGGAGCGGGAUGAAUCCACCAACCUGAGACAGCAGCAUGAUGUGGAACUGGAGAAAGAGACAAAGAGGAAGGAGGUGGAGACAGAGAUCCGAUUUCAGGUGGAUGAACUGAUGAGAGAGGAGUUGAAGAAUUUGAGAAUGGCUGUGGAGCGAGAUUUCAGAGAACCUCCCAAAUCAAAGGCCAAGCCAAAAAAGGUAUCUUCAGAGCAAAGCAAAAGUGCUAAGAAGAAGGAGAAAGACUUCACAGCAAAUAGGAGCCUCGCCUCACUCUGUGAUGAAUUGAUUGAACAAGGUCUGUUGAAAGCAGUUCCACAGGUUCCUUUAUCUGAUUAUUUAGGGGAUUUCAGUUACCUGGGAAGCACGCUACUCCAUGCUAACAUCAGCCCGAUGCCAUCGCUGUACGAUAUCCGGCAAAUCAUCGCUAUGUACGCCAUUCUGCCCUUAGGUUCCAAGCCUCUCCACGAGAAAGCGCCCCUGGUGAAGUCCAUCCUUCUGGCUGGUCCCCAUGGUGUGGGAAAGAAGAUGUUAGUACACAGCAUAUGCACAGAGACAUGUGCCACUCUCUUUGAUCUGUCAGCCAAGAAUAUCGCAGGGAAAUAUCCCGGCAAGAUUGGUCAGCAGAUGAUGCUACACAUGGUCAUCAAGGUUGCAAAGCUGCUCCAACCCUCUGUUGUCUGGAUUGAUGAUGCUGAGAAAACAUUCAUAAAGAAAGUGCCAAAGGAAGAAAAGGUGCUCGAACCCAAACGUUUGAAGAAGGAUUUGCCGAAGGUGCUGAAAAAGAUCAAAACUGAGGACCGGGUUUUGCUGGUGGGAACAUCAAGCCGCCCAUUUGAUGCUGAGCUAAAGCCCCUCUUUAAGGUUUAUGAUCGAAUCCUGCUGAUCCCACGAGCUGACUACGCCUCUCGUUAUUUGAUCUGGAAGAAGCUGAUUGAGAAAAAUGGCGGCAUAAUCACCAGCGCCCUGGAUCUAACCUCCUUGGCCAAGGUUUCCGAUGGGUACACACCAGGUCAUCUGGUCCAAGUGGUGAAAUCAGUCCUCACUGAGCAUCGAAUCCAUCAGCAGACAAAGAGUCCCCUCACUGCAAACAACUUCCUCAGAGUACUCAGCAAGACCGAACCCAUCUACCAGCAAGAGGAAACUGCAUUUGCGAACUGGGCUGCUAAGACUCCACUAGCGAAGAAAGCUCUGAAAGCCAGGAAGGAAAAGGAAGCCUUGGAAAGAGCUGCACAGGAGGCAGCUAAGAAAGGAAAGCGGUAAAGGACCCUGGAAUUGGGGUUGUCACUGUUUAGAUGUGAGUGUGAAGGCUGAACUCGGAGACAUCUCAGCCCUCCCUAA